AGUUUCGUGUGUCGACGCGCAGCGCGACCAUCCUCCGUGCAAACACGCGUCGCAGUCUCACGCCUUGCGCGCUAUUCCGACCGGAACGACGAUCGCUUUGUUCAGUAAGCGUAAAGGCGCAGAGCAUCGGGCACGCGCACGCUAACGCUAACAAACUCCGCUGUGGCGUGUCGGCGGGAAGCAAACGCGAACGAACCCCGCCUACGCAGAAUUGGCGGGACUUGAUCGGAUCGGAGCUUGGAUCGUGAACUUGCGGAGCUGUGAGAAUCGGAGUCCAAAAAAAAGGCGGGAAAGAUAUGGCGACUCUCGGGACCAGCCACAUGCAGGCGAAACUGGUCCUGCUGGGUGAUAUGGGUGCAGGGAAGUCCAGCUUGGUGUUGCGCUUUGUUAAAGGACAAUUCUUUGACUACCAGGAGUCUACGAUUGGCGCAGCCUUCUUGACGCAGACAGUGGCCGUGAAUGAUGCAACCAUAAAAUUUGAAAUUUGGGAUACUGCUGGUCAGGAGAGGUAUCAUAGCCUUGCUCCUAUGUAUUACCGAGGCGCUGCAGCUGCGAUCGUUGUGUACGAUGUCACAAAUGUGGACUCUUUCACACGAGCAAAGAACUGGGUGCGUGAGCUGCAAAGACAAGGCAAUCCCAGCCUUAUCAUCGCAUUGGCGGGGAACAAAGUCGACUUGGUUGCGAAGAGAAAAAUCCAAAUAGAGGAAGGACAGGCGUACGCUGAAGAGAACGGCCUAUUCUUUAUGGAGACAUCAGCAAAGACUGCGCACAAUGUCAAUGAACUGUUUUAUGAGAUAGCUCGGAAGUUGCCUAGGGCGAACCCUGCUGCACAGCCAACUGGGAUUGUACUCAAUCAAGGAGCCAAUGACAGAUACCAACGAAGAGGAAGUGCUUGUUGUGCUUGAGAGAACAUGGAGCUUUCUAGGGAGGAAAUGGUGGUUUGCCAUUAUUGAAAUGGAGAGGGGCCUUGGUACGGUGGGUCACGUAGAGGAGAAAUCGUCCUAGUGAACAAUCAUCACCAAAUCUUAUUUCACGAAGGCCACGUCGUUGAUAUAUCUUAGUGGAAGAGGCUGGAGCGCCCACUCUACGAGCGUAUAUGGCCAUGUGAUCAUGCCAUGUUGUGCCUGGCCAGAGUUGAGAUGACAGUACAGCGCAGUUUAGAAAGUGCUACAGCACAAUCAGGACAAUUCUGAAGCGCAGUGGAAUUCACGCUACAGCAUGGUCUUGACGGCGGUGUCGCAACAGGGUUCGGAUUGUGGUAUAGCUCUGCUGUCACUGGUAUAGCGUCGUAAAGAGAGCUCUGUAGUACAGUAGCAGGGCAGUUGAGUCAACCGUAUGCCAUCACAGUCAGGACAAUGGUGAUGUGGCACGGUUGCGACAAUGCUGUAGAAUAGCCGAGACGAUGCGACAGCCUAUAGCGAAGUCUAGACAAGGUUGUUACACAGCGACUCAAGUGCCAUAGCUCAAUGGAAACAGUGCGGUGGAUGAUCAAGAUGUAUAGCACAGUUGCGAUGAAUGCUAUGGCAUCACAGUCAAGAUGUUGUAUAGCACACUUGAUACAAGGCUAUAAUGCCAACCAAAAUGGCACGGUAUGAGCAGUUCUGAAGUGGAUCUCGCCAAAAUUCUGGAGAGUUCUAUUGAAGGCACGCAAAGAGCAACAUGGUCUGCAAGCAGCACACAUGUGGCCUUUUUCACUCUGAAACUGCUCCACCGGGCUCCACUGCGGCCAAGGUAAGAAGAGUGUAAAAGGUGUGAGGCAAGAGGGUCCCAAGUCCUCUUUUCAGAGGUCUUUGGUCUGAAAUCAGCACACAAGUGGUCUUUUUCACUUUGAAACUGCUCCACCGGGCUCCACUGCGGCUAAGGUAAGAAGAGUGUAAAAGGCGCGAGGCAAAAGGGUCCCAAGUCCUCCUUUCAAAGGUCUAUCUUCUGGGAAGUUAGUGAGAGAGCCGUGUGAUUGGCUACCAUCUUGCACGGUUCGGUCAGUUGAAGAAUUGGUUGAUGGAGGCCAGAUGGAUGUUUGCUAAAAUGCCUGACGGCUCAGUUCAAAUGGAUGUUUGCUAUAACACCUGAUGACUGUGGGCGGAAAGAUGGCUGCCAUCUAGAUGGAUGGUUAAAUCACUGGACAAUGUCGCCAGUGCCAGGGAGGAGGGGCUGUUGGAUGGCUGUCGCGGAGCAUCAUGGAGAGAGGGGCACACGAGUUGGGCAGACGUGAUAGUGAUUGAGAAUUUAGGGAUUUAUUGGUGUAUUCAUGUAGGGUUCAUAUAUCCAAUUGUUGCUUGAGUUGGUAGGAUAUAGGAUCUUCUCACAGUCAGUGUGGGUAUGUGUUAGGAAACGAGCGUUUUUUGUUGUGCGCGGCAGGGUGGCGAGGUGCAGUUGAAUCGUGUAAAGUGUGAGUGAGCUUCGCAAUUAUGUGCGAGGCACGGUCAAGUUGCUGCUAGAUUGCAGUGCACUGCUCACUUUUCCUGGGCGUUGCGCAGCUGGGGAAAGGACAUGUUUCUUCGUAGGCAUUUUCGGAUGCCACUUGUUGAGUGCGAGAUGCCCGAACUUGCUGAAGCAGGAGAACGAGUACGCGCUCCCUGCUCCUCUGCAAUGAGGAGUAAAGCCUAAGCCAAAGA